AGCAGCAAAGUGGCAGGCAAUCAAAGCCAGUAGACUCACACAAAGAUAGAAACAUAAAAUAUGUAAAAAUUGAAAAGGAAUAAAAAAAAUACUGUAUAGUAAUUGCAAAACAUUAUAAAAAAUGGAGUGUUGUUAAUAAAAAUAAAAACAUGGACACAGAACUAUGAAGUCAUCUGCAUACAUUAGGUGACUGAUUAUGUCAUCACAUUUGACAUUUCAUGUUAAAAAGGUAAUGGGCCAAUAUACUUCCUGGCCUGAAUCUAAUCCCAACAUUAAAUGCAUCAGACGUAGCAUUACCAGAUUUCACAUACAUUUACUGAUGCCAUUAGCAAUAAACCAGGAUUCUGAUUAGAUACUUGGGAAUUCCUUGGUUAUGUAGCUUGUAGAAAAGCUGUUGAUGAUUCACACAAUCAAAUGCUUUAGAGCAUCGAUCCUCAAAUCCAGGCAGCUUUUAGACACACCUGAGUGAAAUAAUCAGGUCAUUAGUGGGACUCUGGAAAACUUGACCGCACUGAUGAGAUAAUUCAACCAUUUGAAUGAGAUGUGUUGAACCAAAAAUAAAAUACAUAAAUAUUACAGUGUUGUGCCUGUUAUACACGUCCAAGAUCUCCUUUAAUGCACGUCAAUGUUGAAACCAAAUAAUGUUUAGGAUUAGAAGUAAACUGGUUGUCAGAAGUGAGAAAAAACUCCAACCAAUUUAACAAUUUAAUAAAACCUUUUCUAGCAUCUUCCACAGAAUACUCGCUAAUAUAUGUAUAUAUAAAAUGCUGUAGACAUGACCGAGUAGCUAAUGAGUAGCUAAUUUUAUUCAUUUAUUUAGUCUCCAAAGUUUCCAUAUUGCUAGAACUUUAGCUGCUUGUUUGCACCGGUUCUUAAUUUUCGAGAUUUUCUCCUUCCAGUAAAAGACACUUCAAACUUCUAAGCCAAAACAAUGGUACUUAAAAAUGAAUAUCUCUGUCCAUAUCAGCACAGGAGGUUUCCUUUCCUCCUCUUCAUCUCCCUCCUCCUCCUCGUCUCCAUCCAGUAUUGACGUCUAUGACUCUGUCACCCGCCUCACCGGUUUCCAGGCAGCUCUCUGGUCCAGUCAUGUAGUCACUUCUCCUUCUCCGUUCACAUCCGUUCUCUGUGUCCUCGUGUCGUCUCUGUGCGUUUUUAGCCUAGUCUACUUAGAGAUUUCCUGUAGUUGAUGAAUUGUGUUUUGUCUGAAACUCUUUUUGCGCUUUCCUGACGCUUUGGGGUGUUCCGUGCGUCAGAGCAUCCCGCGAUUUUCCACGCUUUCAAUCUCCUCUCUGGUUGCUCCCUUGGCUCCUUCCUCUCUUUCUCCCUGUUGAGCACCGGGCGAUUAUCUGUCACCGCCGUGACUUCUAAUUGUUUCUUGGCAAAGUUGGGAACCACAGAGGAGAAGGCUUCAAUGAGUGCUCCACCGUUGAUCCGGGCGCCCAGCCCGCUGCCGUUUUUGGGAGGGACGAGCAGCCCCAACACCGAGGGAGGAGGUGGGGAAGGGGGAGGCGGCGUGAUCUCCUUCCAGAUCCAGAUAGGCAUGAGCCGGGAGCCGGUGCUGCUAGACGCCGCGGAGCUCAACCUCAGUCAGGUCCGGGAAGUGGCGUGCUCCAUUAUCAACCAGAAGCUGCCAGAGUGUGGAUUCUAUGGGAUGUAUGAAAAGAUUCUUUUGUUUCGUCAUGACCAGACAUCAGACAACAUGCUGCAGCUGCUGCGCUCUGCCUCGCAGAUCCAGGAGGGUGACCUGGUGGAAGCCAUUCUGUCAGCUUCAGCCACUAUGGAGGACUUCCAAAUCCGUCCACACAGUCUGUUUGUUCAUUCGUACAGAGCUCCAACUUUCUGCGACCACUGCGGUGAGAUGCUGUGGGGUCUGGUACGGCAGGGGCUCAAAUGUGAGGGAUGUGGUCUGAAUUAUCACAAACGCUGUGCAUUUAAGAUUCCCAACAACUGCAGUGGGGUGAGAAGGCGUCGCAAUUCAACGGUUUCACUAACAGGAGGAAUUGUUAAUGUGGGCCGCCCCCUCUCUGCUGAGCCAUCACCUCCCCAAUACACCGAUGAUGCUUUGCUGUCUCCUGUAAGUCCCAAUGUUGAGAAGAACCAGUUAGAUUAUUACUCUGGCAGGGAGCGGCGAGCUAGCACCCAGUCAUACAUCGGACGCCCCAUUGAGCUGGACAAAAUCCUACUAUCAAAGGUCAAGGUUCCCCACACAUUCCUAAUCCACUCAUACACCAGGCCAACUGUGUGCCAACACUGCAAGAAGCUGCUGAAAGGCCUCUUCAGACAGGGUCUCCAGUGCAAAGAUUGUAAAUUUAACUGCCAUAAACGAUGUGCUCUGAAAGUGCCAAACAACUGCCUUGGAGAAGUUUCCAGAAAUGAAGAUCUUCUGAGCCCCGGAGCAGAGUCAGAUGCUGUGAUGGUGGAGGGUUGCCUUGACGACCCCAGUGGUGACCGACGUGGUAGCCUACUUGAUGACAUGGAUGAAGCACUAACUUCAGAUGGGGGCUUAAUGCUGGACACCGGAUCUACUGACCUUAGUGACCUGCGUGACCCUGAUCUGGAUGACUCCAACCGUGCCAUCAGCCCGUCCACCAGUAACAACAUUCCACUGAUGCGAAUUGUUCAGUCUGUCAAACACACCAAGAGGAAGAACAGCAAUGUGAUGAAGGAAGGCUGGAUGGUUCACUACACCAGCAAGGACACUCUUAGAAAAAGGCAUUACUGGCGGCUGGACAGUAAAUGCAUCACCUUGUAUCAAAACGAUACAGGAAGUAAAUACUACAGGGAGAUUCCUCUGUCAGAAAUCCUGUCUCUGGAGCCAGCUCAGAACUUCUCUCUGCUUCCAGAAGGAGCCAACCCUCACUGUUUUGAAAUCACUACAGCAAUGUUGGUUUACUAUGUCGGAGAGAACCUGUUGAGAGGCGAAGCAUCCAUGACUGGCAGUAGCAUCCUGGUUAGUGGAGUUGGGCAGGAUGUGUCUCGGAUGUGGGAAAUGGCCAUCCAGCAUGCUCUUAUGCCAGCCGUCUCUACAGGAAUUUGCCACAAUUCCCACCGAAGUGGGCACAAGGAAAUUUCCAUCAGUAUUUCAGUCUCCAACUCUCAGAUCCAGGAAAAUGUGGACAUCAAUUCAGUUUAUCAGAUUUUUCCAGAUGAAGUUCUUGGCUCUGGACAGUUUGGUAUUGUUUACGGAGGUAAACAUCGGAAGUCUGGUCGAGAUGUUGCCAUCAAAAUAAUCGAUAAACUUCGUUUUCCUACUAAGCAGGAGAGCCAACUGCGCAAUGAGGUGGCCAUCUUGCAGAGUUUGCACCACCCAGGCGUGGUCAACUUAGAGUGCAUGUUUGAGACACCGGAGCGAGUGUUUGUGGUGAUGGAGAAGCUCCAUGGAGACAUGCUUGAGAUGAUCCUGUCCAGUGAGAAAGGUCGGUUACCAGAGAGAAUCACCAAGUUCCUAGUCACACAGAUCCUGGUGGCUCUGCGGCAUCUCCACUUCAAGAACAUCGUCCACUGUGAUCUGAAGCCUGAAAAUGUGCUUCUGGCUUCUGCAGACUCUUUUCCUCAGGUAAAACUUUGUGACUUUGGAUUUGCUCGGAUCAUUGGUGAGAAGUCUUUCCGGCGCUCAGUGGUUGGCACACCAGCAUACCUUGCUCCUGAAGUCCUGAGAAACAAAGGUUACAAUCGUUCUCUGGACAUGUGGUCGGUGGGAGUCAUCAUCUACGUCAGUUUAAGUGGGACAUUCCCUUUCAAUGAAGAUGAAGAUAUUAAUGAUCAAAUCCAGAAUGCUGCCUUCAUGUACCCUCCACACCCGUGGAAGAAAGUCUCCCAGGAAGCAAUCGACCUGAUCAACAACCUCCUGCAGGUGAAGAUGAGGAAGAGGUACAGUGUGGACAAGACUCUCAGUCACCCCUGGUUACAGGAUUAUCAGAUGUGGCUGGACCUGAGGAAUUUAGAGGGUCGAAUGAAUGAGCGGUACAUCACCCACGAGAGUGAUGACCUUCGUUGGCUCCAUCAUGCUCAGCUCAGCGGCCUUGACUACCCCUCAAAUUUCAUGAAUGGUCCUCUGAACGAUAUUGAUCCAGGGAUGGAGCGCUACCAUGAGCAGGAGGAGGAGCUGCAGACCCUCAGUGAGCGGGUCAGUGAACUCUGAGGACAGCGUCGCAAAGUAACACAAAUCAGAAGAAGGAAGUUUGAACUUUUUCUGGAGGAGCAGUAUUGAACAUUUACAAAUAUUUUUCAAGAAGGUAUUAUAUUUCAUUUCAUUCAAAUCGGCUUCUUUUCUAUGAAAACAGCUACAGGUUUACUAAUCUGCACACCGGCAGUGUGCGCUGACACCUCCAAGUUAAAUGUUCCUGUCAAACACUGACUGGAGGCUUUCUGUGUGGAGUUUGCAUGUCUUUCCAGUAGCUUUUCUUGUAUCUGAUUUCUGCUUCUGCCUACAUUCCUAAAACAUACAUGUUGCUCUUAUUAGAGAUGCUAAACUUAAGCUUUAGCUUGCUUCUGUUUCUGGUUUCCCCCCAUGGCUUAUAUGAAGUUCAGGUUCUAAUCGGCUGUGACCCUUUGACGGAGGCAGCUCAUUAGAAUUGAAGGUCUCAUGAUUGUUUUUGAGUAAACUCAAAAUAAAAAUUAUAAUAGAUA